GUGUGCACACAUGGGGAGUGAGUGCAUUAAGAUAAGACAAUCAAGGUUCUCUCUCUUUCCUGGUGAAGUGAUCCAGGUCAAUUUGUCCCCUUCAUCCUUUACCGCUGCCCCACCCCCACUUCGCUCUCACGUUGACCAGUGUCCUGGGCCUUUAAGAGUUAGAUGGGCUGGACUCAAGAAAGCACACCUCUCCCCACCCGACUCCUUCCCUCCGCCGGGCUGUAACUCUGCCAGUCGCUGCAGCCAAACUGCAGUAGAAGUGAAAUCAAGUGAGCGCAAAGGAGAAAAGAAGCCAGGCUGAGCUUUCUCAUCCCACAUCGGUGAGCAGCGGUUCCGUGAACCUGAGAGGAGCUGCAGAGCUCACAGACACAGGAUUGCUAUCCUGCCCACGGUGAUUCUGGUGCCAGCUAGUGGAGCAGUGGAUGAUGGCAUUGCUGAUACAAAGCCGGUUGAUCACUGAUCCAAACUUGCUGUUGAUGCAAGAAGGCACACUGAUGCGAAAGGUGAGGUCCAAAACCUGGAAGAAGAUCAGACACUUCCGACUUCAGAAUGAUGGCAUGACAGUCUGGCAGUCACAGCAAGCUGGGGGCUACGCUAAGCCCAUCUUCUCGAUCUCCGAUGUAGAGACGGUGCGCAUGGGCUAUGAUUCUGAGUUGCUGCGUAGUGUGGCGGAGGAGUUACCCCUGGAGCUGGGGUUCACCGUUGUCUUCCAUGGCCGCCGCCCCAACCUAGACUUGGUGGCCAACAGUGCCGAGGAGGCCCAGAUCUGGAUUCAAGGACUCCAGCUGUUGGUGGACCUUGUCACUAGCAUGGAUCAACAGGAACGACUGGACCAGUGGCUGAGUGAUUGGUUCCAGCGUGGAGACAAAAACCAGGAUGGUCGGAUGACUUUCGAAGAAGUUCAGAGGUUGCUGCACCUGAUGAAUGUGGAAAUGGACCGAGACUAUGCCCUUAGUCUUUUUAAGGCAGCAGAUGUAUCCCAGUCUGAGACUCUGGAAGGAGAAGAAUUUGUGCAGUUCUAUAAGGCAUUGACUAAGCGUAACGAAGUGCAGGAGCUGUUUGAAAACUUUUCAUCUGAUGGGCAAAAGCUGACCCUGCUAGAAUUUGUGGAUUUCCUUAGAGAAGAGCAGAAAGAACUAGACCGUGCCCCAGACCUUGCUCUGAAAUUUAUCAACCGCUAUGAACCUUCAGACAGUGGUAAACGGAGGCACGUGCUGAGCAUGGAUGGCUUUCUCAGCUACCUCUGCUCGAAGGAUGGAAACAUCUUCAAUCCGGCCUGCCUCCCCAUCUACCAGGACAUGACACAACCUAUGAACCACUACUUCAUCAACUCCUCUCAUAACACCUACCUCUUGGGGGACCAGCUUUGUGGCCAGAGCAGCGUCGAGGGAUAUAUACGGGCCCUGAAGCGGGGGUGCCGCUGUGUAGAGGUGGAUAUAUGGGAUGGACCUAGCGGGGAGCCCAUUGUCUACCACGGACAUACCCUGACUUCCCGAAUCCUGUUCAAAGAUGUCGUGGCCACAGUAGCACAGUAUGCCUUCCAGACAUCAGACUACCCAGUCAUCUUGUCCCUGGAGAACCAUUGCUCCUGGGAGCAGCAGCAGACCAUGGCCCAGCAUCUGACGGAGAUCUUGGGGGAACUGCUGCUGAAUAGCGCCUUGGAUGAUGUGCCCUUGAGCCAGCUGCCCUCACCUGAGAAGCUUCGGGGUAAGAUCCUGGUAAAGGGAAAGAAGCUAUCAUCCCAUGAGGAGGAUAAUGAGGAAGAAGAAGAGGACUCACACUCUGAGGUGGAGAGAAGGCAGGGCACAGAGCUGGAGCCAGACCCCUACUCUGAGGCUGAGCCUCAGCCUGUGCCUGUGCCCGAACUCCAGCUUCAGAUUAAGGACAAAGAGGAUAAGAAAGCCAAGGCCAUAUUGUGUCCAGCCCUCUCUGCUCUCGUUAUCUACUUGAAGUCUGUCUCAUUCAAAAGCUUCGCACAUUCAAAGCAGCACUAUUACUAUGGGAUAUCAUCUUUUUCUGAAACCAAGGCCAAGCACCUCAUCAAGGAGGCUGGCAAUGACUUUGUGCACCACAAUACUUGGCAGUUAAGCCGGAUAUAUCCCAGUGGUCUGAGAACAGAUUCAUCAAACUACAAUCCCCAGGAAUUCUGGAAUGCAGGCUGCCAGAUGGUGGCUCUGAAUAUGCAGACUGCAGGACUUGGAAUGGACAUCUGUGAUGGGCUCUUCCGCCAGAAUGGUGGCUGUGGCUACGUGCUGAAGCCUGACUUCCUGCGUGAUACCCAGAGUUCCUUCCACCCCGAGAAGCCCAUCAGUCUUUCCAAGGCCAAGAUCCUCUUAGUUCAGGUGAUCAGUGGUCAGCAACUCCCUAAAGUGGGCAACACCAAAGAGAAGUCUAUUGUGGAUCCGCUGGUGAAAGUGGAACUCUUUGGCAUUCGUGAAGAUACAACCCGGCAAGAGACCAACUAUGUGGAGAACAAUGGUUUUAAUCCAUACUGGGGGGAAACAUUUUGUUUCCAUGUCCGGGUGCCUGAACUCGCUGUGCUGCGUUUUGUUGUUAAGGAUUAUGACUGGAGAUCCCGAAAUGACUUUAUUGGUCAGUUCACUCUGCCUCUGAGCUGUAUGCAACAAGGUGAGACAGUCCUUGGAACCUUGGUCAACACUGCAACUCAGGCUGCCUUCCUACUAACAGUUUUCCCGCCCCACCCUAGGCUACCGCCACAUACACCUGCUCUCUAGAGAUGGCAUCAGCCUCCAUCCGGCUUCCAUCUUCGUGUACACCUGCCUCCGGGAAGAUCUAGAGGAGGCACCUUGAGGUGGGUACUUCCUAGGAAGGGUAGGAAAUACCAGGAAGGAUGCUCCAGACAGAGCAGACACAAAAAGGAUGCUUUGGUUUGCGUAUUCCCAGGCACAAAAUUAUCUAACAGGCAAAUGUAAGGGUUGGCUUUUCACUUCUCUUCCCUCCCUUUGUUUUCAUAGGCCUUUGGUAUCUCUCUUUCCCUUUCCUUUCGUGUCUACUAGAGUUCCCUCCUUCCUCCUGCAGUAAGCUCAGUUCCAUACUCAGAUCUACUACUAACCUCUUCCAUCAACUCUGGUAUGACGGCAGACUGCAACUCUAAACUCACAGAGGGGGAUUGGAGCAGAGAAACCUACAGAAGCCUGACCCCUUCCAUUCCUAAUUUCCUCCGUGCUGAGAGCCAGGGAAGGACAAAUCAAGAAGCUCCCCAGGCAACAAGUUGGAGGAUUCCUGAUCCUAGACUGUACUGAUUCUCCAGAGAAUACUGCCCGGCCCUGUCCCCACUGGACUGCUCCUCCUUAGCUGGUGUAAAUAGAGCUUCUCUCUUCAAUUUGCCUUCCGUAUGGUCUGUUGUUGUUGGGCAAGGAUGGAGGGACAUUUGGGCAGUUGAGUGGGACAAGAAUGGUAGAGAAGCAAGGUUUCCAGAGGCCCUCUCUCUGUGCGGCAGCAUAGCACAGGGAGGACAGAGAUGAGAGGCUUCUAAGGGGCAGAGCCAAAGAAGAGAGGGCUAAUAAAGUUGCCUAAAAUAAUCCCACCUUAUGUCUUUUGUGUCCCUGAAUAAUUAAUAACGCCCUCUUUUAACUUUCCCAGUGUGUCCCAGCUGGGAGGAUCACUUACAAAGAGAGGCACUACAGAAUGAAAUCGUGAGAAUUCUGGAUUAGAGACUUCCUUCCCUAAUACUCUGCCUUCCACAGUGCCCUGUACUUUCACUUAGUAGAGUUAAGUGAGCCAGUCUGAGGACUCGGGGUUAAAGCUGCCUCCAGGGGGAGACUUAGUGGGUGACAAUCCUCCUGCAAGCAGGCAAAGGGCCUUGGAAGUAGGGAGCAAGGCAGGACA